AUGCACUAGAUAAUGAUGGAUGCUUUUAUAGAUUGUGUUCCAUUGGAGUUCCAUGAAGUGGGCAAUCAAAGAAUCUCUACUUCACAAUGAAGUGGGCAAUCAAAGAAUGUCUACUUCAUAAUGAUGGAUGCUUUUAUAGAUUGUACUCCAUCGGAGUUCCAUGAAGUCAGAUUAUGGGCUUUUAUAGAUUCCUUAGUGUGCUUGUUGGACUUUUCCUUGUAUGCUUGUGUUGUCCAGGAAACAAGUAGAUUUUGUAUCAUUUAUGGUUUGAUCUUACCUGAAGUGAAUUUUGAACAUAGUUCAACAGGAAAGUUGAACUGAUUGGUGGCAUAAUCUCUUUGCCUUUUAAAGUUUAUAUUGGUUUCAAAUGCUCUGGUCUUUUUUUUUUUUUUUUUUUUCCUUUUUUUUGCAGAACUAUUUUGUCUUUACUCCCGAAUCAGAGGCUUCCCUUAACCUAAGAGGCAGAUCUGACCAUUGGAGAUCUCCAAGGUGCCUUGUGUUUGUUAUUUCAUAGUUUUCGGCAGAAGAAUCGAGAGGAUUUUGCGUUGCUGAUUUCAGUGAGCUGGAAGUAGGAGAGCUGCUAGAAGUUAGCUGAUUUUCCCUGUUUAUUCCACAAAUCAAUGUUUUGUUGCUUCAAAAGGCAUAGUUUGAGGGAGGUUUUGGAUGCCCCAAAUGUCAUGACUUUGAUAAAGGAUACAAAAGCGGCACAAGAGGUCCAAGCUCUGAAGGAUUUUUUCGAUAUGCUUUCAAAUGUGGAAGCUGAUGAAGCAUGUUUGAAUGAUCAAGGCACAUUGGCUAAGAUGAACUCAUUUCUUGAAGAUGCAUUUAAUUCAUCAUGGGUUGUGCUUGCUAGGAUAUUGUAUUAUAUUGGGCUAGAGCGAACUUCGUCGACAUUUACUUGUCAUGUCCAACUUAUUUCCAUCAAAGAUCUUGUUGGCUAUCAUCUUCAGGUAUAACCCACUCCUGUCUGCAUUUUAAGGAUUUGUUUUGAUUUAUAUAGCAUAUCAAAUUUUGGCACUUUCUAAAGGAUCAUGUAGACUUUGUAAUAAGUAGGGAAGCAUUGGUUUCUGUUUUUGGGACAUGGGUUUUUAAGUUUGGCGGAUGGAUGGUCUUCAUCCAAGUAUUUAUGUUCAUUUCAUGUUAUGUAGGA